AUGGCGGCGGGUCGUGCAGGGAUGCUGACGGCGCGUCGGUUUCUAUACGAUGCUGAGCUACAGGGUGCUUCAUCUGAAGAACAAUUGUGGCUUCAAAACAGAAAAUAUACGAUUGUCGUCGACGCCGGCUCGUCGGGCUCGCGACUUAUGGUCUAUUCGUGGCGUGAUGUAGAGUGGGAGAUUGAGAUGCGCAAGGCAAACAAUUUGCCGCUGGAUGUGCUGCCUAUUGUUGAGAAAGGGACAUGGGAGGGCUCACAGCUGGAGUGGCAAUUCAAAAUCGAGUCCGGGCUGUCGUCGUUUGCAAGCGACGUGCAUGGCUUGCGCAGCUACUUGGACGAGCUCUUUACACAGGUGUACACCAUAAUUCCCUCAAGCGCUUAUGCCUUGACCCCAAUUUACAUUUUCGCGACUGCCGGCAUGCGCCUACUUCCCCCAGCAGCGCGCAAAUCGAUUUUGCAGGAUACGUGCAGCUAUUUGCAAAAGCUCCCCUUUUUUGUGCAGCAAGGCAACAAAGGCGCAGAAGAGGAUACAGAUAGUGCAUGCGGUGGCCAAGUGCGUGUUAUCUCAGGUGAAGAAGAAGGUCUCUUUGGCUGGAUUGCGAUCAAUUACCUCAUGGACGGCUUCAAGGAUCCAAGCGUAGGCAAUGCGACGUUUGGUUUUCUGGACAUGGGCGGCGCAAGCACGCAAAUUGCAUUUGAGCCAUCUCAGACGAUUGCAUCCCCCCAUGCGAUGGACGAGGAGCACAUCGAUGUACCGAAGAACAACGACCUUUUCGACGUCAAUUUCCGUCGCCUUGACUCCUCCCUCUCGAACCACCAGGUUUUUGUCACCACAUUUUUGGGAUUCGGGACGAAUGCUGCCCGCACGCGCUACCUGGACGUGUUGCUGGAUACGGUUGCGCCCAACCAGGCGCUGCUGGACCCAUGCCUUCCCAAAGGGCUGCGCAUGCCCGUUGCGUCUGCUGCGCAUCAAGGCAAGCAUGUGCAAGGGACAGGUUCUUUUUCCGAGUGCCUUUUGCAGCAGCAGCCGCUGCUGGACCGCGAAGCAGAGUGCCACAAUCCACCGUGCCUUUUCCACGGAGUGCAUGUGCCUGCGAUCGACUUUGACAGCAACCAAUUCAUCGGUGUAUCCGAGUAUUGGUACAGUUCUCACGAUAUCUUUGACCUCGGCGGCUCUUACGAUUAUACCAAGUACCAGCAAGCUGCACAAGCGUUUUGUGCCCAAGAAUGGUCCGAUCUCGAAACCAAGCUUGACCAGCAUGCGUUCAAGGAACAGGUCACGCUUUCGCGCCUCCAAAUGCAGUGUUUUAAAGCUGCAUGGGUUGUCACUGUUCUACACGAGGGUCUACAGCUUCCGCGCCUUGUCGACAAAGGCAUUGGCGGUGAUGGCCAAGACCAUGCACACGACGUAAAAAACAUGGCGAGCAAAAAGAACUUGUUUCAAAGCGUGAAUGAUGUGCGCGGCUUGGGCGUGAGCUGGACGCUCGGGAAAGCAAUUCUUGAGGCGAGCACGAGCAUCCCUGCCACAUCGUGCCAGGACUGCCAUCUGCGUGUACAGCACAAUGAGCCGCACACGUACAAAGGCGCGCGGCUCGGCGGAGUUGAAGCGGGACGUGCUGGCGUGCCGGUGUGGGUGUCCAUGCUCCUUCUCGCAUUGUGCAUCCUUGCCAUGUACGGUGUAUGGCGCUUUGCGAAACGCUCUGCUUUAGACUACCGCGGCUGGACUUCUGUCCCAAUGUCGGAAACCUGCAGGGAUGACGACGAUGCUGUUGUACCGCUUGUGCUUGAGGAGCAGGAGCCCUGGAGCGAUAUUCGCCCCGUGAAGACGCCGACGUAUGCCCGAGCGGUGCAGUCGCAUUCACACCGCAGCAGUCACCAUGCGCGGCGAAAAUCGGCUUUCCACAAAGAGCGCGGCCACUUUGCUUCCAUGGCACACAAGACAGCCGAGUAUGCCUCUCGCCAGCUUUCGCGCGUCUUUCCCGACCGACGCCAAGGAAAGUUUGAGGAGCUGCCCACAGCGCACUCGCUUGCCAGACGGAGCUACCCAACACCUCUACGUACGCAACGGCUCGAGUCGCUCUCCCAGCAAGGCCUGCUCAGCAUCUCGACGCCUUGGAGCUCGAGUUUUCGGACGCCUGUUCACCCAGUUUCGCCCAGUCCCUUAUCUCCAACCGCAGUUUCUUACAGCCACCCCGCAAGCCCCGCGGUGUGGCCCGAUUCGCCAAGCACACCCGCUCAUCGUACAGGAAACGAUGCCAGUGCCCUGCUUGCCUCUGGCAGUGCGUACAGCAAUCAUACCCCAUCCCGCGGUCCGUCCCCCAUGUUGCUAGAGUCGCGGCGCCCUUCUGUUCCAUUUACAGCACCUGUUACACGCAUGUCGAGCCCGUGGCUCGAGCUGCCGAACCGCAGCGCGGAGCCCUCGCCGACAGCGUCCCUCUUCCCGCACAAGCGUUUGUACGAAUAG